AUGAUACCUGAAAACCACCACCCUGAAGAAUACAGGAUUGCAGCACUGGUCUUCUACAGUUUUGUAUUCAUAGUGGGAUUGCUGGUGAAUGCCACUGCACUAUGGGUUUUCAGCUGCACUACCAAGAAGAGAACAACUAUAACUGUAUACAUGAUGAAUGUGGCAUUACUCGACCUAGUUUUUAUAUUUUCCUUGCCUUUCCGGAUAAUCUACCAUGGGAAAGAAACGUGGCCUUUUGGAGACAUGUUCUGUCGGAUUAUCAGUGCUUUCACCAUAUUUUAUCCAGCCAUUGCUCUGUGGUUGCUCACCUUUAUAAGUGUAGACAGAUUCAUGGCUAUUGUCCAGCCCAAACACGUCAAAGAACUAAAAAACACCAAAAAAGCUCUGCUGGCUUGCACUGGAAUCUGGAUAAUGACCCUGGCAACAACAUCCCCAUUGCUGUUUUUACGGUCUGAUCCAGACAAAGCCUCGAAUUUCACCACCUGCACGAAAAUGCUUGAUAUCAUCCACUUAAAGGAAGUAAACACAUUGAACUUCUGUCGCUUGAUUUUUUACUUUUUGAUCCCCUUGUUUAUCAUGAUGGGGUGCUACCUAGUCAUCAUUUACAAUUUUAUCCAUGGCAAGACUUCCAAACUGAAGCCUAAGGCCAAGGAGAGAUCCAUAAGAAUUAUAGUUACUCUGAUUGCUCAGGUACUCAUCUGCUUCGUACCCUUCCACAUCUGCUUUGCCUUCCUGAUGCUGCAAGAAGAAAAUACAGCUUACAGUCCCUGGGCAGCCUUCACCACCUUUCUCAUGAAUCUCAGUACAUGCCUAGACGUUAUACUGUACUAUAUUGUUUCUAAACAAUUUCAGGCAAGAGUCAUCAGCGUAAUCCUUUACCGCAAUUACCUUCGGAGUGUGCGCAGGAAAAGUUUUCGAACUGGAAGUGUAAGAUCACUCACUAAUAUCAACAGUGAAAUGAUAUAA